AUGAAUAAUUAUAGAUUUUCCUAAGCAGCUGCAAUUUCUGUAUACAACACUAUUACUAAAGAAUAAGCUUAAAUCAAAAUCACUUAGGAUUUUAAGCAAUUCUUGAACAGCUUGAAUGAAAAAUUUCAAUUACCUUAGAAGUUUACAAUGUGCUAUUGCUAUGAAGUCAAAGAUAGAGUGAUCUAUCUGGCUUGUCCAAUUGACUAUUAUUUAUUCUUAGAUAGGUUAUAACCACUUAAAAAUGAGAAUUUUCCUUUGCUUUAAAUCAUCUAAUUAGAGCAAGAUGAAUUUGUAUCUUAGGAGAUGAUAAAGGAAGCCGAGGAAUGGCAGGAAAAACUAUCAGAAAGUUAUUCCUAGAUAAAUUCUGAUAAUUAAGAUAUAUAACAGUUAGAUGAACUAUUUUUACAUGUAUCAAUAUCUUAAAUCCAUUAAAAUGAUGAAAUUGAUUAUCAUAAAUGCUAAUAUUGUUAUGAGAAAUUAGAGAGGAAUAACUACUUUCGAUGCACUGUUUGCUACUACUUCUAGAUCUGCGAGAAAUGCAAUUCAUCAAAGAGAGAAAAAGAGCAUAGUAAUGCUCAUAUUUUUAUUUAAUGCAAUAAUGUAAUAGAUUGGAAUAAGCUUAAAUAAGAUUCAUAAAUUAAAAUGAUGAAGCAAAAGGGAAAUCUUACGAAGAAAUUUAGGAUACAUAAACUGAAUAUUCAUGAAUAAAUUGCUUGUGAUGGUUGUGAUUGUUUCCCAAUUUAAGGUUAUCGAUAUUAUUGCUGUGAAUGCUCAGAUUUUGAUUUGUGUUAAACUUGCAUCAAAAAGUUCCACCAUGAUCAAACUCACAAUUUUAUUUAGUUAACAACAAACAUUGAGUUUUUGUAAUUUACACAUGAUUGA